AUGUUCUCACGCUCUGUGCUUCGGAGUCUAGCCGCCGAUUUACGGUUGACGGCUCCGUCCUCGAUUUCAUCUUCAUCUCUCCUUCAGCAACGAGCUUGCCUUCACCAGACUGCCUUGCUUCGGGCAUCGCAACAAGAUGCUCAGUCCCAAUCCUCGUCACUGAAACACGAUGCACCAUUGAGCGCAAUCCCUCGGGCUCAAACAUCUCAGCCCACGAUUCAGAACUCUCCCACGGUGCUUUCUUCCGACCCGACCACAUCCUUAAUCCCUCAAACACGCGCAGAUGCCCCGAUUGCCAAGCAACCUGUUCCCCCUACUUUCACUUCGCCGCUCGAAGUGACCAAGUCUCUUAUCUCGCGCCUCCCACACCUGAACGGCCAGUCCCCCCACUAUGUGGUUGCCGAAUUACACGCGCGGCCUUACCUCUUGACUGAAGGCGACCACAUUCGUCUUCCUUUCCUCAUGCCCAAGGUCAAGUCUGGAGAUAUUUUGCGUUUCAAUCGCGCUACCGCCAUUGGGUCGCGAGACUUCACAAUGAAGGGCUCGCCUCAUAUCGAUGAGCGCAUGUUUGAGUGUCGGGUUCGGGUGAUCGGCGUUGAGUCCGAGCCGAUGCGCAUCAAGGAGAAGACCAAGCGGAGACAGCGACAUAUCAAGCAGGCUCGCAGCAAACACCGCUACACUAUCAUGCGUGUCAUGGAGGUACGGGUGAAGACUCCGGAAGAAUUGUUGGAGGAAGGUGCGGUGGUGAUUGAGGAUGGGGAAGAUACACCUAAAAUCGAGGCCCGGUCAUGA